AUGAAAAGAAUCGUUUCAAUUCUAUUGAUUGCCUUGACUUUGGCAGUUCUUGCUCUUUCGUUCACUACUGGAGUUAGUGCUACCAAUGAAGAACAAGCUUCAACUCUCUCCUUGUACAUUAGAAAGAGCAAUAACAAGAAGAGAAAUCUCAAGAGAUUCAGACUCAAGAAGAGAAAGAACAAUAGAAAGCUCCACAAGUACAUUGACACCUAUGGAAGAAAGAGAAGAGGAUGGAAGAGAUAUGGUAAGAAGAGAAUUAUCAGAAAGAAGAUUGAUGUAUAUGGAAAGAAGAGAAGAUUGAAUAAGAAGAGAAGAAUUGAUACUUACAGAAAGAAGAAUAGAAAGAUUAGAAGAAGAGGUGGAAAGAGAAAUAAGAAGGUUGACAUCUAUAAGCGUAAAUAG